GCUUUGCCCAACCAGCCAGCCAGCCAAACAUCCUGCUGCUGCCGCUGUGUGUCGAGUCGAGAGCGUCAUUGCUGUCGUUGAGCGAGGUGUCCUUUCAAUUUUGCGUGCGCCUUGGCUGACUUUGCAGCGUGCGCCUCUCCUCUGUCCUCGCUCCUCUCGCCUCCUUCCUCUCUCUCUCUCUCUCUUUGGCCUUGCCCUCUUUCCUCUUCUCAUUGUCAUCGGUUCGCGUGCCCUUGGAUCCCGGCUGCUGCUGCUGCUGCUGGACAAGAGGCGUUGCCAUUGCAGCGUUAGAUGAGCACUCCAUCUCGCCGCUGUUCCGCCACCACGCUCCACUCCAUCCUCACGCAGCACCGUUGACGGCCCAUGGAGCGAGGGUGCAAUCGCUGCCGAAAACGACAGCGUCAGGCGUUGCAGGCCCUCCGCCCACAAAGCAUGAGACCGCAUCACGCGGUGUUCGCACCCGUUUCACAGCAGCUGCUUCUCGUGUCACUCCUUUUCGCCUCUGCCGUUGUCCUUGUUGGUGCGCAAACCAGCUCAACGAGCACCACCUCGCCACGCCCGUCCACAACUUCGCUUGACGCUUGCAUUGACACCAACCCGAAGCUGUGCGGUUUCCUUGCGGCUCAGGGAACCUGUAACUCACCCGCAUUCUCCGAGCUCGCCACCCGUUGCUGUCAGACCUGCUCAAAUUCCACCCUGAAUCCGCCCCCACCGACGUGGUUCGUGUGUGGGUUUCCUGGCGAUUCUGAUGGAACCCAUUGUUCCAGGGAAGGCUUGAGCAACUGCUUUGCAGUCACAACCACCCCAAGCUCCUGUGUGCGGCUUCCAGCAUCGCUCGGGCUCGGAACGCGCUACUUGCGACUGGAACACCGUGGCCUCAACGAUGUUGACCUGCCACACUUUCAAUGGUCCAUUCAUCGUGACCCAGCCUGCAUGACGUCCUACUCGCUGUCACAGAGUCUCACAGGCUCAUCACAGCUUGGCAGCUGUACCAAUGUGAGAUUUGGUGGAACAACGGUGUUGUACUUGACCAUCUUCCGAAACUGCACACGGCUCCCUGAUGGCAUGUGGGAUUGCCAAGGCAAGGAUUUGCCGUGCUUUCACUGGACAAGGCAGAGCGAGACCCGUUGCUCGCUGCCAACAGACUCAUUCACGUGCGAAUGGGACGCAAGCGCCGCGUCGUGCGUGCUUGCAGGCACGUCCUCCUUGUGCGCCACGUACUUUCCGCCCGGCUGCGGCCCGGCCCACUGCGCAUUCGACACAUACUUGCAGCAGUGCAACAUUGCCGAGCCUUGUUCGUGCACAACCACAGGCAUGAGCGGCAGCACGCCAGUGCCCACAGGCUGUCUGCGGAAUCACAACGAGCCCGGAUACGAAGGCGUCCCCAUCUGCUACCUCAACGGUGGCGUCGAGCACGUUGCAUCGCUGUGCGGUUGCUCAGCCAACAGCGACACGUACCCGGGUGCUUCGUUUCACGCAUGCGUACCACAGGACGACUGCAACGUCGUUCAUCUCGAGUCGGACGAGUAUCCAGAGGUUACGGGAAACUACGUAGCGGUUGAGAUUGAUGUGAAUCCAAAUGGCUGUGUGCCCACCACUGUCUUUGUCGCAGAUGAUUUUGGGUUUGCCAAUUCCCUCGUCUUUUUUGCUGCCGUCGCUGACUACGGCUUCAGCCCAGAGAAUGUAGCGUGGCGAAACCUGGACAAAACAUGGCUGCUUUACGAGUACGUGGAUUAUGCCAUCAUCUUCGAAGGCGCAGCCCUCAAUGGCUUCAUCACCGCUGAGCCCGUCCCAUUGACAAAACAGGUGAGCGACACCUCUCCGUCCGCUCUCACGGGAGUGUGGGAUCUUCGAGUUGGAACAGGCCUGCGCAGACCAACCGACGUCAGCGCCACUUGCAUGUCCAAGUUCCCCUGCAGCCGGCCGUUCAUCACCCCGGCGCCAUCCUCCAUUGACGACAACAUGGACAUCCCCGCCAAACUGCAAGCUCUGCAAUCCACACCCCGAAUCGCCGCCCGCGCCCAGCGCAUCCUCUACACCACGCUGCACCAUCACUUCACCCUGUCUGUGCUGGCCUUGCACAAGCCCAUGCUAAAUGCAUUUUACACGGCCAGCCUGCCAAACACAGCGACACGGGCAUUCAUCCCCACCAUUGCGCGCAUCACGUGCGAGGGCGCGUCGCGCGCAAAUGCGACCAUCUCCGUGCCAACUGUGGCGGUGGUCCUGGAUAUGCUGGAGGAGAUCCAUGCAGAGGGAAGCUUCAGUUUGUCGCUAGCCCCUUAUGCCACGUACCUGUGCACCAUCAACACCAUCGGUGACACGUGCAUUCCAGCAACGAUUGAAGACAAAGUGCUCAUCACUCCACCGCUGCCACCACUUGCCCCAGUCAGGGGCCUCGAAGUGACACACGUCACGCGAGCGUGUGUUGAUGUGCGUUGGGCGCCGAUCUCUCCGCUCGAAUUCCGCGGACCCUUGCUUGGAUAUGACGUCGUCAUCACACAGGGAGGCGUGCCAAUCUCGUCGGUUCGCGUCCUGCAAGCACACGCGCAUGUGUGCAACCUUCGCGUUGGCCAACCCUACAAUGUGUCUGUCACAGCUGAUAAUGGAGUUGGUCGCACUGAUCCUGUCAGCGUCCCGUUUUACGCAGCGAGCGGAGUGAUUGAAGUGCGAUUAAACGUCACCGCCGAGCGCAUUGAUGACAUCGACGACAUCGACGACAGCGACGAUAGCGUGCAGCUGUCAUGGCUGCCACUCUCCCGACAAGCGGGGGCCGGCACCAUCCAACGCUAUCACAUCGCCGUCUUCUCGGCGCGCCGCCUGUCUGAUCUCCGGAGUCUUUCACUACCGCACAGCACAGAUCCGGCUGAGCUUGUUACCGCCACCCCAGAUCGAUGCACGUUUGAGGGCUUGACAAUCAUGAGUGCAAGCUCGGUGCACAGCACAGAUCCGAAUGCCAAAGUUGUCGUUGUCUUGUCGGGGUUUGCCCCACACCUCGCCUAUGCCAUCGCCGUCGCCCCUGAAAACCGUGAGCACGUGGGCCCUUUCAGCUCAAUCGCCACCGUCGAUGCGACAAUCUCGGCAGCGUCGUCUGGCGGGUCCGGCCUCCUUCUCGCGGAAACCAUCGCUAUUGUGACUAUCGUAUUGGUCAUCGCUGUCAUCGGGCUUGUCAUCGUGAUUGUGCGGCACCGAGCCCACCGUGCCGGCACAAAGCGCACGCGCAUCAAACUCCCAUCGGAUAUUGGCGCGUUUACGAUUCGCAACAGUUCGUCGGUGUUGGCGGUGCGGCUGCUGUUUUCAGACCCCUUCUUUGAUGUGUUCGCAGGACACAUGCCAAAGUGGAAUGCGGAGGCAAGGUGCAUGGUUGAACAACCCAUCACCAUCAAGCAACUCCGCGAUCCGCAAGACCGAGACCACCUUGACGUUCUGCGCAAUGAGGUCUGCGCGCUCCACGCCCUUCGCAACAGUGACCACCGCGUGAUCGAGCUCAUUGGCGUGCACAUACACAAGCGCUUGGCGUUUAUUGUUGUGUCACCAAAGCGGUGUUCCCUCCACCGCCUCCUCCUUGAUUCUCGCGCCAUCCCCGGUCGACCCGCGCUCAUCGAUCUGCCACAGCUCGUCCAGCUGGCCACGCAGGUGAUUGCUGGGCUGUCGUUUGUGCAUGAGAGGCGAAUCGUGCAUCGAGCACUGUGCGCCGCGCACAUUUUCGUCCACGAGAAUGGACAGUUGCAGAUUGGCGGCUUCUCGGCGGCGAUUGUGCUCCCGAAACCAACGAAAAGCAGUGGAGGCAAGAGAAAACCAGGUCGCAUUGACACGGAGAAGCUGUCGGAAGCUGUCCUGAGCGACUUGUUGCAAGUGCGAUGGAUGGCACCGGAGUCCAUCGCUGACUGCGUCUUCAACUUUGCCUCGGACACAUAUUCGCUCGGCGUCGUUCUAUGGGAGCUCUUCACGUAUGGGCAGCAGCCUUGGGCUGGAUUCAGCAAUGCAGAGGUUGCGCAGAACGUUGCAAAGCUUGGCCGAACGCUCGCCAGACCGCAGGCCUGCCCCAUGCAGCUCUACCAGGUGAUGAAGUCGUGUUGGGAUGCCAACCCCCCAGACCGCCCCGUUUUGCCGGCGCUCUCAGAACAACUGCAGCAGGCCAUCAACUCGAGCCUGCUCGAAUCGCUCUCAUCAUUCAAAUCGACAGACGGCCUGCACCGCGGUCACGAAAGUCCGUUGGAGCAGAAGCCAUCCAGGACGUCGCUCUUUGGAAACGUGGAGGCAUUGGACGUGACGGGGCUGGGCAUCUUUGGUGGCGACGACGACACGGCUGUUGCGGACAUGUCGCCAAACGACCGCGAUCAGAUGAUGAUGGUCUACAUGAUGGGUCACAAGGACGACCAGGAUGAAGACAACUGGACAAACCGAACAUCAUCACGACCCGCGAGCCCAAAAGCAAACACACGCUUCAGUUUCGUGUGAGCACUUCAUCCCUGUUACUGUUUCGGUCCCGUGGGGGGCUGACAUGAAGUGACCCCUCUUAUUUCAUUCUCAUGCUUUAGAAUAGGUUCUGUUGUGGUGUGUUUGUGUGUGUGUGUGUGUGUAUGUGUAUGUGUGUGUAUGUGUAUGUGUGUGUAUGUGUGUGUGUGUGUCUG